AUGCAAACCGUGUCGUUCUAUGUAACACGUCUAUUACCCACUGAACCUAUGGCUCCUAAUGUUAGUCGAGCUCCACUUGUAGGUGAAAUGGGCAGCAGAAAGCAUACUCCGCUUGAUCUUUUCCUGCCUACUUCUCCUUUGCUGAACUCGAUGAGACUAGAGUCACCGGAGUUCUUUUCUUCGUCCCUCCAUCCUCGACAUUUGACCAUAUUCUGCAAUUUUGUCACUGUGCUUUGCACAACGAAUGAUUUCCCGUCCGCUAAUAGACUUAUGAUCUUGAGAUAUCUACUAAAGCAGUUUCAUGUGUUUUGCUUAUAUGACAUUGCUGACCAAGAUUUGCUUGCUGUUAAG